CAUUUCCUAGUCAUUUAAAAAAAAAUGUUAGAGCCCUCGUCGUCAGAAGAAGAAAGCGAAAAUGAAACCGUCGAAGAAGAGAGUUCGGAAGCCACAGCGCCGUCUGUUUCUGCGACGAAUUUGGAAAUUCCUAGAAGUGGUAGCAUAUCCCGUAGUAUAUCACCAGCCAGUGGUGCGGAUAACUUAAGCGUGGUGAGCAGUUCUCAGUCUCGAUCCAACAGCCUAGCGAGACCAUCUAGCCCCAGUCCAUCUUUGGUCAGCGAGAAGGAUAAAGAGAAAGAUGAUGUGGAUAAAGCGGAGAAGGAGGAGGAAGAGCGGAAGAAGCGUCUGCAGCUGUACGUGUUUGUCUUGCGAUGCAUCGCAUAUCCAUUUAAUGCUAAGCAACCUACAGAUAUGGUACGUAGAAAUUUGAAAGUCACGAAGCAGCAGCUUGAAACCAUUCAGGGACGUUUCCAAGCGUUCUUCAAAGGGGAGACGACUAUUGCAGCGGAUGAGGCUUUUAAUAAUGCAGUUCAAAACUACUAUGAAGUUUUUCUCAAAAGUGAUAGAGUUGCAAGGAUGGUCCAAAGUGGUGCCUGCUCCCAACAAGAUUUUCGAGAUGUUUUCAAAAUCAACAUCGAAAAACGAGUUCGGAGCCUGCCCGAAAUCAAUGGCCUUAGUAAAGAGACAGUCCUUACAGCCUGGUUAAAUAAAUUUGACGCAAUACUCAGAGGAGAUGAGGACACUCGGAAACCUCAAAGUAGGUUACAGCAGAAUGUGGCCUCAGAACUGAUAUUGAGUAAAGAGCAGUUGUAUGAUAUGUUUCAAAACAUUUUGGGGAUCAAGAAGUUUGAACAUCAACUUCUAUAUAAUGCUUUACAGUUAGAUUCCCAAGAUGAGCAAGCUGCUGCAAUAAGAAGAGAACUUGAUGGUCGCAUUCAAAAAGCGAACGAGAUGGAAAAGAAUCGAAAAUUAAUGCCUAAGUUCGUACUCAAGGAAAUGGAAAGUUUAUAUAUUGAAGAAUUGAGGUCUUCAAUUAAUCAGCUGAUGUUGAAUCUUGAAAGCUUACCAGUUUCCAAGGGUGGUGCUGAUGGAAAAUAUGGCCUUCAAAAACUAAAGAGAUACAAUCAUAGCUAUCUCUCGGCAUCAUCAAAUUUAUGGCCUGAUUGCAGUCCCCUUAAAGUGCUAAUGUGCCUGCAAGCUCCGCUUUGGAUACUCAUUUACAAUGCAUUAGUCUUUUCUUUUUCCUACAUGAGUCAGUCAUCUUUAUCAAAGGAAGCGUUAACUGAAGACGGAGAAACCUCGCUCUCUAAGCUUGAUGUUGUUCUUUCAUUCACAUUGGAGGUAGUAGUAAUGGAAGUUAAAGGAUUAAAGUCUCUAGCCCCUAAUAGAAUAGUUUAUUGCACAAUGGAAGUAGAAGGAGGUGAAAAAUUACAAACUGAUCAUGCAGAGGCAUCAAAACCAAUGUGGGACACACAAGGUGAUUUUACAACAACUCAUGCAUUACCUAUAGUAAAAGUCAAAUUAUACACUGAAAGUCCUGGCCUCUUAAGUUUAGAUGAUAAGGAGCUAGGAAAAGUGAUAAUAAAACCAACACCUUUAAGUCCCAAAAGUCCUGAAUGGUAUAAAAUGAUUGUGCCUAAAAAUGCCCCUGAUCAAGACUUGCGUAUCAAAAUUGUUGUCCGCAUGGAUAAGCCUCUAAAUAUGAAGCAUUGCGGGUAUUUAUUUGCGCAAGGGAAGCAAGUUUGGAAAAAGUGGAAGAAAAGAUAUUUUCUCCUGGUUCAGGUAUCCCAGUAUACAUUUGCUAUGUGUAGUUAUCGUGAGAAAAAAUCAGAACCUACAGAAAUGAUGCAGCUAGAUGGGUAUACUGUUGAUUAUGUUGAACCAGUGUUAGACUUAGAGGGAGGGAGGUUUUUCUUCAAUGCGGUCAAAGAAGGCGAUAGUGUAUUGUACGCAAGUGAUGAUGAAAAUGAAUGCCAUUUGUGGGUAAUGGCGAUGUACAGAGCUACUGGACAAUCCCAUAAACCUACUCCACUUGUUCAACCUCAGACAAGCAAAAAUUCUACAAUAUCAAGAUUGCAAGGAGAUGCGGAUCGUGCCAGAAAACAUGGCAUGGAUGAGUUUAUAUCUGCAGACCCUUGCAAGUUCAACCACCAUGCCUUAUUUCGAACACUUCAGACUACUGCUCUUGAUUAUCGCCUGAAUGAUCAAUAUUGCUCCUUGGGAUGGUUUAGUCCUGGGCAGGUUUUUACUCUUGAUGAAUACUGUGCUCGUUACGGAGUUCGCAGCUGUUAUCGUCACUUGUGUUACCUGCAUGACUUACUGGAUAGAGCAGAGAAAUCUAUUAUGAUUGACCCUACUCUAAUACAUUACAGUUUUGCAUUUUGUGCCUCCCAUGUUCAUGGAAACAGUACUGCACCAGGACAGGUUCCAACAGAUGUGAGGCCAGAUGGGAUUGGAACUGUCACUGUAGAGGAAAAGGAUAUUUUUGCUGAAAUCAAGGAGAGGCUGCGAAUUCUUCUGGAGAAUCAAAUCACUCAUUUUCGUUAUUGUUUUCCUUUUGGAAGGCCUGAAGGUGCUUUGAAGGCUACAUUAUCUUUGCUAGAACGGGUUUUAAUGAAGGAUGUUAUGACUCCAGCACCAGCAGAUGAGGUUCGAGCCGUUAUUAAAAAAUGUUUAGAAAAUGCAGCCCUCGUUAAUUACACACGAAUAUCUGAACAGGCCAAAAUAGAAGGAACUGAAGCUGCAAAACAGCAGCAACAACAAAUGCAGCAACAGCAACCUCCUGAUGAACAAGAAUCAGAAAUGGAUGAAAAUGCAUCUCCUUCAAAAAAGUUAGAAGAUUUAAUUCACUUAGCGGAGCUGUGUGUCGAUCUUCUGCAACAGAAUAAUGAGAAUUAUGCUGAGGCUUUUGCUUGGUUUAGUGAUCUUCUAGUUGAACAUGCAGAAAUUUUUUGGUCUUUAUUUGCUGUGGAUAUGGAUACAGUUUUGGCUGAACAACCUCCUGAUACAUGGGACAGUUUUCCAGUCUUCCAAGUGCUGAAUGACUAUCUCCGAGUGGAUGAAAAUUUGUGUGGAGGAAGGUUUCACCAACACCUAAGAGACACAUUUGCUCCUCAAGUUGUUCGUUAUGUUGAUUUAAUGGAGUCAUCCAUAGCUCAAUCUCUGCACAAAGGUUAUGAAAAGGAACGAUGGGAACUAAAAGGGCACGGAUGUAUUACGUCAGAGGAUUUAUUUUGGAAAUUAGAUGCUCUUCAGUCUUUUAUACGUGAUUUACAUUGGCCUGAUGAAGUUUUUGCCAAACAUUUAGAACAAAGACUAAAACUCAUGGCUUGCGAUAUGAUAGAGUCUUGUAUUAACAGGACAUUGCAAGCUUUUCAACAGUGGCAGAAAAAGGGUAGUAAGUGGACUAGUACAGACUAUAUUGUUCCUUCAGAAAUGUGCGCAAUGAUAAAUGUAGUUCUUGAAGCCAAAAAUCAGUCCCUAAAACUGUGUACUGUUGAAGGAGUAGACUUGCAUCAGUAUCAUGCAAAAAUUGAUGAAAUGGUUGACAAAAGCUUGAAUCAAAUGAUGUCAGGGCUCAUUGCAAAGUUAACAAGCAUAUUAGAGCUAACUUUGAACAAGUUAUCUCGUUAUGACGAAGGUAGCCUUCUUGCACCUAUUUUAUCGCUCACUUAUAAGCAAGGUGUAUCUAGUUCAGGAAAAGAAGUUGGACUAGCGUACAUCAAUUUUGCUCGUAAUAGCAUGGAGCAACUGCGGCAGAAGGUCACUGAUGAGCUCUGGGUUUUGGGUCUUUUUGAGGAUUGGUAUGCUGCUCAGAUUUCCAUGAUGUGUACAUGGUUAUCUGAAAGAUUAGAUCAUGGUCUACAUUCCUUCCAGUUAGCAGCCUUAUCCCAUAUUGCUAAGAAAUUAUAUUCUGAUUUUGAGCUGCAAGGUAUAGAGGAAGAAAAGCUGAACUCUAAAACUUAUCAAACUGUCACUAGUCGUUUACAACUUGAAGAAGCUACUGCUGCUGUUAAUGAUCCUAGUCAUAGGGAGAAAGAAGAUGCUGAGGACUAUGCAGAUGAAGAUGGAUCCAAGGGCAGAACAGUUGCACGCGAUGCUGAAGGAGCAGAGGGCUAUGUCAGUAGCAUUAAAAACGUUACACAGAACAUGGUUGGAAGAAUAUCAAAUCUGAGUCGUGGUGGUUUAGGUGGCUUAGCUAACAAAUUCUCGGGCGGUUUCCUUAAUUUUUAAUUACUCACUAUAGUGUCACCUGUUUUUUUAUCCAUCAGGGUCAAAACUACCUAGCAGCAGAGUAUAGUUGUGCUCUCUGAUGUAAAAUGAAACCCUCCAAAAUUAGACUCUGAUGAGAAAAGAAACUCGUAGGCACUUAAAUUUUAUUUGGGCAUUUAAUGCAGUUAGCAUUGCAAAGUUACUGUUAUAGAGUCUGCUUCCUGAAUGUAUAAUAUGAUGUAGAAACACAGCUAUCUGAAGACAACUUAGAUUUGUGAUA